AUGUCGUGUGGAUGUGGCAACGAUGAAGACGCGACAGCAUGGCAAAGGGAACCAAUACCUGAACACAAGUUCGACGGUAUCGAUGUCGAGAGCUAUGCUUCACCACAACUAGUAGCCAAAAUAUCGUACUCGGGUGUCUUUCUCCUUACGCUCAAGUCUGUGCUCGUGUAUAUGGCCGAUAUAGGUAUCGUUGCCAUCCUGCUCAUCAACGGAGCGUUUAGUCAAGCUGUUGCGAAUACGUCUGGUUGUACCGCCGCUGGAAACGUCUGUAUACCUGGUGGUGUCACUACAAACUACAUUCCAUUCUAUGUUCGCCCGUGGCUCAUGGCUGGCUCCAUUAUCGUGUCUUUUGCUCUACUCUUUCUGGAUUAUCGGAGAGCAAGGAUUGUGCUGAGGAGUCGUGAUAUUGCAUACGCUUUUACGAAUACUAUUGCUUAUCGGUUUUAUACGCUGAGGAGUUAUCCACAUUUUUGUUUCUUCUCGACGAUACUGUUUGCUCAGCUUGAUAAUAACAAGAAGGCUGUCGCUCAAGCUAGUAAUGCGCAAAAGAGAACGGAUGUGUUGGCAUUCUUUGUGUUCUUUGGUCUGAAGGGGUGGAAGAGACUGGUACUAGCUGAAUUUCCUCGUGUGUUGCUCAACGGGAUGAACAUUUACGAUGCUAUGGUCUCCAAUAUGCCAAAACGAGAAGCAAAUCUCUUUAUCGCUUAUGGAUCAGCUCUUUCCUCUAUAGUUGCAAAAUACCCUUACAUUGUCACGGCAACUUUGAUCCUGGCUACAUUUACAGUUUCUAUAUGGAUUGUGUCGUUUGGUCGUUUGGUCAUUUCUGGUGUCUCGUACAUACCUCUAGCAUGUAUUAUUCGAGGCAACUUGAAGGAAUACGUGUGUAAACGAAUCGACAAGAGAAUCGAAGAAAUGUUGCGCCGAAAAAAGAAGAAGCAACAUCCCAAAGUAGAAGAAAUCCGUGACUCGUACCUCACAGAAGGUGACGCCAACAGCCGUCCCGACUCAUGGGAAGAAAAGCAAGCAUACGCAUAUGCAAACGGAUAUGGAUAUGGCUACGAUCAAGGAUACGACCCAUACGCAUACGACCCAUACGGACAAUAUGAUCCGAACGUGAAAUACCCACCAGAAACAGUUGCACCGCCAGACGCAUACAUGGGAUAUGGUGGAAAUGACCAGAACGGAUAUCCAGUGACCACGAUGGGAGUAUCUCAGGACCCCUAUUUGACGCAUGUUAGCAACAGUAGUAAAGGGCAGUAUGCUACGAAUGUAAGUAAUGGUAGCAAAGCUAGUAAAUCACAACAACAGCAAUAUCAGUAUCCAGCAGUACCGGCCAACGUAUACUCACCGUACGGAGAUCCAUACUCCGAGCCAUCCGGAUCAGCGAUAGUGACGAGCACAUCAGACUAUGAUGGAUACUAUGCAACAUCUGACAACCACGAGAUACCACCACUGUCUAUAGCAUCCACAUCAGCAGGAGCAACCACGUACCCGAUGCAGCAUAUGCGAGCACAGUACAGCAUGGCGACUGGCCAGGACGAUGAAAUGGGUGCGAGAGACUCCAUAUUUACGGCAUUGCAGCCGGAAGAUGAAUGGUCGUCGCCUACGCCUACUGCUGGACAGUACGAUGAUACGUAUUAUCAACAGGCGGCUGAUGAUGGUGAUACGCCGUAUAAUAGCUACCAGACACAGCAGCAGCAGACUUCUUAUAACCAGACGCAGUAUCAGGCGCCGUAUGAGGAGUCUGCGUAUCAGCAGCAGCAGCAGCAGAGUGGGUAUGGGAGAGGAGCGGAUGGGAAUUACAAUACGAGACAACCAGUGGCUGGAUCACUGAAGAGUAGUAGCUCGUCGGGACAACGGGUAAAGAAUCCAUCACUAGCUCAUACGCCAGCUAGAUCUCGAUCAUGA